UCAAUUGAUAACUACCCAUGAAGCUGAAAUACAAUUUGAUGAGCUUAUAAAUCCGUGUCUGCAGAAAAAGAGCGCUCCUCAAAUGGAAGUGUUUCUUGUAGGGUCCGUAGCUUCUCGUAGUAAUCACACUAUUUUCUCCCGCGAGGUUCUUGCUUGCAAUCAUACUACGACAAGGAAAAUUGAAACUCGAUUGUGUAGUUCAUUGUCUAGUAAUGAUAAAAGUAGGACAAUAGCCCCCUACCAAUCUCUGAAUCUAAGAAGUUGUGCACACAAGACUUUUCUCCAUUCACUUUGGCAGCUGAAUGGGAGAUUCAUAUCCCAAGGGGGUUUCUUUUUGAUAAAGCCUGAAUUCAUACCCCAACUAAGAAAAUUUGCUAUCGGCAUCCGUAAGAAAAUAAAAUGUUCUGAAAGAUUUAACAAUCUGGUCCCUCUUUUCUCUUUCCGGAUUAUAGUCACAAUGAUGCUUGCUAUGACACUUGGUGUCUCUGUUAGCAGAACUCCUUCCUGGGCCCUUAGUGGAGAAAAUCUACUUUUCUUGGAAGCAUGGAGAACGAUUGACCGUGCUUAUAUUGAUAAAACAUUCAAUGGACAAAGUUGGUUUAGAUACAGGGAAAAUGCUUUGCGCAGUGAACCGAUGAACACACGAGAAGAGACAUAUGCUGCAAUAAGGAAGAUGAUUGCCACUCUGGAUGACCCUUUCACUCGGUUCCUGGAGCCUGGAAAAUUUAAGAGUCUGCGGUCGGGAACACAAAAUACUCUGACAGGAGUUGGGCUGUCGAUCGGUUACCCUGCAAAAAAUGAUAAAUCAAUCUCUGGACUGAUGGUAAUUUCAGCUGCUCCAGGAGGUCCCGCAUAUAGGGCUGGAAUUUCAUCUGGGGACUUAAUCCUAGCAAUUGAUGAUACUAGUACACAAAACAUGGGAAUAUAUGAUGCAGCUGAUCGCUUACAAGGAACAGAAGGAAGUGGAGUGGAGCUAAUUGUACGUCAUGGGGAUGAGACAAGGCAUCUAUCUUUGAAACGAGAAAAGGUCUUACUGAAUCCAGUGAAGUCGCGAAUCUGCAGAGUGCCUGGACUGGGAGAGGAAGCCCCUCUAAUUGGAUAUAUCAAACUAACGGCAUUCAAUCAAAAUGCUUCUGGUGCUGUAAGGGAAGCAAUUGAAACAUUAAGGGGUAACAAUGUACAUGCCUUCGUGUUGGACCUUCGGGAUAAUAGUGGUGGCCUUUUCCCUGAAGGAAUUGAAAUUGCCAAGAUUUGGCUGAAUAAGGGUGUGAUUGUGUACAUAUGUGAUAGCCGUGGUGUUCGAGAUAUAUAUGACACGGAUGGAAGCAAUGCUGUAGCAGCUUCAGAACCCCUAGCAGUGCUGGUCAAUAAAGGAACUGCGAGUGCUAGCGAAAUUUUAGCCGGUGCUCUAAAAGAUAACAAGCGCGCAGUACUAUUUGGAGAACCUACAUUUGGAAAAGGUAAAAUUCAGUCAGUUUUUGAACUGUCCGAUGGAUCUGGCUUGGCUGUAACAGUUGCUCGCUAUGAAACACCAGAUCAUACUGAUAUUGACAAGGUUGGCAUAUUUCCAGACCAUCCCCUGCCGGUAUCAUUUCCCAGAGACGACGAAAGUUUCUGUGGCUGCCUUCAGGACCCUGUGUCAGCUUGCUAUCUUAAUAGAGUUGAUUUAUUCUCUAAAUGACAAGGAAAAUUGCGAGAGCGAGCAUUCUAGAGAGAACCAUCCAACAAUGAAGCCGCAGCCAAUGGACUGUUUUUUCGACAUGGAAGAGCAAAGCGCCUCCACGGUGGCGAUGGAUGUGGAUGAUGCUGAAGCCUCAGAUAUCUUCGGCGAGGGUCUGAUCUCGAUGGAGCACUACCGCCUCGCCGAUUCCGACUUCUUCAACUCCUUCCAGGAUGACUUCGAUGACUCCGACAUCAACUAAUACUGCGUAUUUCUCUAUCAUCCUUUGUCCAUUCCAUGAUUUUAGCCGUUGAUUUUCUAUGUUAUCAGGAGAUCUUGAACGUGUAUUGGAAAGAAAAAAUGACGUUGUAACUGAAAUUUAGUUGAAUGUUCAAUCUAUUUCGUUCUUUCUUUUUACCAUUGUUACAUUGUAUAUGUUAACAUUUUGAA